CUCACUUAUACACCUUCUUUUCUUCCUUAAUUUAUAAUCCAGUACUUCUUUUACAUUUUCUUAUUUUCCCUCCUUCCAUUCAAUUGCCUGCAAAUAUGCGUUUCCUAACCUCCCUUGGCAUAAUCAUCGGCAUAUUUUCUACCCUCUUCUACUUCCUAGACUCACAUCUCGAGAAGUUCUACAUUUUCCAAACCGACCAACUGCAUAGCCUUGCGCUGGAAGCCAUCGAAGCUCAUGGAAACGACACAUCGUCCGUUGUGAAAUACAUAGUUGAGGACCUCAACGCCAAGCUCCCCAUCCACGUCAACCUGGACGAAGAAUGGAUCUUUAAUAACGCGGGUGGAGCUAUGGGUGCCAUGUAUAUUAUCCAUGCGAGUAUCACUGAAUAUCUGAUUAUCUUCGGCACGUCGAUUGGCACGGAAGGUCACACUGGCCGACAUACUGCUGAUGACUACUUUUAUAUUCUGAAAGGUACAGAGUUGGCACAUACUCCAGGAACCUUUGAACCGGAAGUUUACCCGCAGGGAUCUGUGCAUCAUCUGAGAAGAGGCGAUGUAAAGCAGUACAAGAUGGACUCUGCUUGCUUUGCACUUGAGUACGCCAGGGGAUGGAUUCCACCAAUGUUGUUCUUCGGAUAUGCUGAUACAUUUACAUCUACGCUAGAUUUUCCGACAUUGUGGAGGACGACAUGGGUCACUGGGAGGGAGAUGAUCAUGAACUUAGCGAAUGGGAAGUUCUGAGUGAGGGUUGUUGGAUCGGGAAUGGCUGAUCUUUUCCGUAUUCUCAGCCAUACAUAGUUUUGAAUUAAGACAACGAAGGAUCAAGAUCCAGCAUUUUUCUCCUCCAACAC